AUGAUUAAUCGUGCUGAGGUGCCCGAGUAUGCCGAAGAUGCAGCCAUUAUGAGGUUCUAUGAACUUGAUACCGUUGAACCUGAAGUCUGGGUUGACCAAAUUCCACUCGACGAUGCCACGGUUUCCGAUGCAACCCUUCGUCACUUUUCACAACGUUACGAUGAGCCAAUCAAGGACUCUGGUAGUGGCUCUAACGAUUUACAAUUUGCUGACGAUACCGAUCCUCUUGGCAUCCGUGGAACAAUUUUCGAUGAAGAUACUCCACAAAGCGCAACCAGCAUCUCUCAACUUAAAGAACGUUCUGCGUUGGUGAUAACAAACAAGUCAUUCCAACCACGUUACUUUCUUCAACAUGUUCACAAAGAUACGACGUACAACGAAUUGAUUUCUGGCGAAGAACGUCUUCGAUUGAGUGUCGACCAGCGCGCCGAAGCAUUAAAACAUCUCGUACACAGCAAUUUCGAUCGCUUUGUCAGUGCCAAAGUUACCGUCGACCACGUAUAUGAGGAGAUGAAAUCAAAACAGUUGAACCCGGAAGAGGAAUACGGCACUCGCUCUCUUGAAAAGGCAUUAAAUGAAGCCAAUGCACGCGCGGAUCAGAUUUACGGACCCAUUGUUGAACGACGUCAAAAGGUCGAGAAAGUACGAAGCACGUUGACUGUGCUACAACGAUACAAAUUCUUUUUCAAUUUACCUAGCAGUUUGCUUGAAUCGAUCAAACAGCAUAAAUACGAAACAGCUAUCCGUGAUUAUAAAAAGGGCAAGUUCCUAUAUAAUGAUCUGCAAAAAUCCAACAAUAUCCAAGACGACGACGAUCUGGACGGACAAGAGCUAAAGCUGGAUGGUGCCAAUAUUUCGGAACUGCAUCGUAAAGUGUUUGAGAAAGUUUGGACCGAAGUCAACAAAAUUGUGGUCGAGCUCCGUGGAGUACUACUCAAAAUGUUGGCCGAUCCUUGGCGUAGCAUGGAAGAGCAGGAAAAGACCAUCAACUUUUUGUUCGACUUGGAUACAACAGAGGAUCCAGCAUGGUUCUAUUUGGAUAGCCAGUAUCAAUGGAUCGUUGGCUUGCUCAAAAAGACGUAUGAGACAAAUGCAAAGAAGCUCGCUGCUCAUCGUGCUGCAAAUGAGACUGAAGAAUCAGAUAUACAACGAAGCUUGGCUCUCAAGAAGGGUAUUGAGCAAGUCCGUACCAAGAGCUUUGAUGUAAAUACCGAUCGGGACCCCGAUAAUCGCUACUGGCGCAUAACAUCUGAACUUGUCAAAUCAUUAUCAGCACUGUUGCUUCGAUGCUUGCCUGAUUUUUGGCGCUUAUCCAAAGCAUUCAUUGAAGGAAAAUUUGCACACAAGGCAUCUGAAGGUGGAAGGCGACGCCGGCAAGGCGUUGAUUUGGGCAAAGUUGAGCAAUGUCAAUCUAUGACACGCAAUAUUGUCAACGUGUAUGCACAACUGAUAUCAGACCAUUUUGAACUGAACGUGCGCGACAUGCCCGUGCAAGAGAAUCCUGACGGCACCGAGUCUGUGGUUAUGCCAGCGUUUAUACCCGUCAAUGCAAGCUCGAUCCAUGUUUCGGAAUACCUGACCCGCAUCAUUGGUGAUCUGGGCCACUGUGUAAACGAUAUCAGCGCGAUCCAUCUCGCUGGCGAGGCAUUCUCUGGACUGACAGAUCUGAUUGAAAAGGCACGCUGGAAAUAUGUGGAUGUGAUUUGCAAGUGCUGGGAACGGGACGCAAAAACAUUUUAUCUGUUGGAAGAAUGGAUCCUGGAUCCGGAAAUUCCACAGUGUACUGGCUUGUUGAAGCGGUACUAUGACUACCACAAAUUCUGCGCACGGUCGACGUUUAGAAUCUCUACCCAUGUGGUGACAGUCGAUGAUAUGGCGAAUCAAAAACACGAACGCCCUAUAGUCAAACCCGAGUAUGUCGAGCGGAUCCGUGGCUCGUUUUUGGAGUCAACGUACACGUUUUUGGAUGGGUUGGUCCGGCUUGCUUUCUCUGAUUAUACCCCGUUGAAUGAAAAAGAGGAAGUGCAGCUCGCCAAGAAGCGUGAUAAGAUUGAUGUUCAUUCGAUGGAUAUGCGUAUUCUUCUCACUGUUGGCAAUUUGGCACACAUGAGGUCGACAGUGAUUCCCAAGCUGGUCGGAUUGUUCAAGUUGGCCUACAAGUGCAAUAUGGAUGAAGAUCUCAAGACAUUGAUUGAAGUUGUUGACCAACUUGACAAGAUUUUGUUCAACGAUUAUGUAAAACGCAAGUCUGGUCUUAUACGAGAUAUUAUCCGCCAAGGCAUCCUGCUCAGUGGCAUCGACUGGUACAGCAUACCCAAGCCGACCGAAGUGCACUCGUAUGUGUAUGAAGCCUUGAUGACUCUUGUGAUGGUGCACUCACAAGUGAGCAGUGUUACGAAACAACUGGUCCAUCGUGCGAUUUCUGCCUUGCUGGAGAACAUGGCCAACGAUUGUUUGGAAAGCUUCCGCCAAGUGGAGCGGUUUGGCAUGGGCGGUAUGCUUCAGGCUACGCUGGAAAUCGAAUUCAUGCAUCAGACCUUACAACAAUAUGUGACAACAGCGGCAUCCGAUACCCUUCAGCUUAUUUAUCAGUCUAUUGAGCAGUCCUAUGAUGCACAACAGCAGAACGCAGGCGAGCUGCAAUCUGAGCUAAACCAUGUCAAGGAUCUGUUGGUUUUUAGUCGCAAGAGCACUGUGGUGCAGUUCUUGUGCUUCAAGCAGAACAAGGAUCGUAGUCGAAAAUAGUGAAAAUAAGUUUUGCUCCCUCCUUUCCGAGUAGUAAAAGUUAAUAUAAAUAAUCGCCGUUUUUAAGAGAAAGAGACAAAACUUUAUAAUAUAGGCAAUAGCAUGUGGAAAAGAAAACAUAGAGAUGGCUCGAAAGGAAAGAAAAGUAACAGGAGAGAACGGUGGCAAGAAUAAGAAGAAUACAGUUAUUUAGAGUUAGCACAGUUACCCUCUCU